GAGCAGUGUCCCUCCACUGAGGAAAACCGUGAGAUAGGAAAAUGAAAAAGCUAGUGAGUGGACCUUGAGUUGAUGGAGAUGUUUGUCCUGACAGGCCUGGGGCUAGGAUAGCCAUUUAGUGUUGACACUACUUCAUUUCAAUUAGUCGUUUAACGUAAUUUCUCUGAAGCGCUCCACAUAUUGUGAGAUGUUGGUGAUUCAAAGGGCUGGAACCAGACAACUGUAGGCUAGCAGACGUCCAGCAGGUGUCGCUGCCAGCAGUCUGGUAAAGCCCAUGCCUGCCUGACAGCAGCAACACAGUGUGGGUGUCUGCCUGUCACCCAGGGGCCCCUUGUCAACAGCAGAGGGAAGAAGAAGAGACUUAGAGGAGGAAACCAGAAAGUAACACUGCUGCAGAAAUGGACCUGCGGUCUGAGCUGCUCAAGUCCAUUUGGUACGGCUUCACAGCCCUGGAUCUGGAGAAGAGUGGUAAGGUUUCCAAGUCUCAGCUGAAGGUAUUGUCCCACAACCUGUGCACAGUCCUGUGUAUCCCACAUGACCCAGUUGCUUUGGAGGAGCACUUUAGGGAUGAUGAUGAUGGCCCAGUUUCUAGUCAGGGUUAUAUGCCUUAUCUCAACAAAUACAUCCUGGAUAAGGUUGUGGAAGGCUCUUUUAAUAAGGAAAACGUAGAUGAGCUCUGUUGGACUCUUACGGCAAAGAAAAACUACCAGACGGACAAAAACAGCAACACUGUUCUGCCAGAGAGGGAUGCUUUUCGGCUUUGGUGUCUUUUUAAUUUUCUGUCUGAGGACAAAUACCCUCUGGUUAUGGUCCCUGAUGAGGUGGAGUACCUCCUCAAGAAGAUAUGCAUGGCUAUGAGUAUUGAGUUCAACUGUGUUGAAUUAGAGGACUUCUUCUCCCAGGACUCAGUGCAGCAGAGUGGCAUUACUGUUUGGGUUUUUCUGGAGAUGAUGAACUCAGGAAAGACAACCAGAGGAAUUGAUAAGAGCAUAAUCAGCAUGGCUAUAGAGGAAGUAUACAGGGAGAUAGUUGGUGAUGUCCUCAAGGAGGGUUAUCUGUGGAAAAAAGGCCAGCUAAGGAGAAACUGGAAGGAACGCUGGUUCACCUUAAGGCCGAGCAACUUGUCCUACUACACAGGGGAGGACCGCAAGGACUGCCAGGGCAACAUAGCCCUGGAUGGGAACUGCUGUGUGGAGGAAGUAGACGAUGAUCAAAUAUUGUUUGGUCGUUCAAAAUGGAUCAAAAACGUCCUUUUCCCAGUGUUGCCGGACCGAGAUGGGAAGAGGUGCAUGUUUUGUCUUAAAACCCUCUCCAAGACUUAUGAGAUGAGCGCCUCAGACACCAAACAGAGACAGGAGUGGACUACAGCCAUUCAAACAGCUAUCAGGCUGCACGUGGAGGGGAAAAACUCCCUCCACAAAGAUCUGAAGCUGAAGCGGCGCGAACAGCGUGAGCAGCGGGAAAAGAGACGACAGGCCAAGGAGGAGGAGCUACAGAGGCUUCGGGCCCUGCAGGAGGAACGGGAGCGUAAGCUGGCGGAGCUGGAGCUCCUGAAGGAGGCGCAAAAGCAGGCUCAGGCCCUCCUGGAGCAGGACGAGCAGAGGAGGCGCCAGCAGCAUGAGCAGCUCCAGCAGGCCCUGGAGAUCCAGCUGAGAGAGGCUGAAGAAGCCCGGGUCAGUAUGCAGGCAGAGAUGGCUCUGAAAGAGGAGGAAGCAGAGAGGCAGAGGAAGCGGAUCCAGGAGCUGGAGGAGAUGCAGAAGCGUUUAGAGGAGGCGCUGCAGCAGGAGAUCAAAGCCAGGCUGGAUGAGGAGGCCUUCCGCUACGCUCAAACAGGGUUAUUGGCUGAAGAGGAGGAGAAAAUGAAGGCACUGAUGGCCCUGCAGGAGGAGCAGGAGGAGUACAUCCUGAAGACACAGAGGGAGAAGCAGGAGCUCAAGCAGGAAAUGGAGGCCAAGUCUCGAGCCUUGGAGGAGGCGCAGAAGCAGCUGGAGGAGGUCCGCGCCAACCGGCACAGGGUUGACCAGGAUGUUGUGGCUGCGCAGAGGAAACUUCGGCAAGCGAGCACCAACGUCAAACACUGGAACGUCCAGAUGAACAGACUGAUGCGACCAAUCGGACCAGGCGAGAAGAGACCAUCGUUAGGAAGCUCUUUCUCAAGCUUCCAGAUCCCGACGCAGAGAGAUCCCGGGCUGCGUCUCAGGAGAUCAGGAUCAGAGGAUCAGGAUGAGGAGAGCAAAGAAAAUGUUGACAACAGAGCUGGACGUGAUUUAGAGAAACGCCACUCCCAUGCCUCUAAUGGAGACAUGGACAUACCUUAAACACAUGAAUCAGAGGCUGUGCAGGUCAUGUCUGGUCAAACUGUGAGGUUUUCCGACAGGAAGGUCAAGGGACGACUGUCUAACAUGUGAACAAAAGACUGGUACAUCUACACUUAAAACUGAAUUUACAGUAGCAGUGACUUGACUGCCAUUUUCUCUAAAUGUUGAAUUUACUGACCUCAUUUCACGAGACAGCAACAGCUUAAAACAUUUAAGUGAGAGGUUGCGUUUGCAGUAUUCACUGCUCAACUAACGCUUUGACUGCAAACUGUGUGAGGCCUGCUCUGGACGUAAACCAUACCUCAGUGCAAAGAAAAAGAGCUGUAAGUUGAGCUGAAGGUACAAGGUUAGUUGAUGUUUAAAGAGUAAUACUUACAUACAUAAUGGAAGCUCACUUGUUUAGCAUUGUAAUAUAGAGAGAUAACAAUUUUUCAAUUUUACAAAUUUUUUAGGGUUGUGGGGUGUGGCUUGACUUUUUGAUGUGAAAAGUUGGUUCAGUAUUAGAGUUUACUGCAAUUUCAGUCAACGACUAUCACCCCCCAUAAACAGGAAAGAGAAAGAGGGGGAGGGGGGAAGAGACUGUUGUUGAACUUCCUGUUUCUUCUGUCAUUUAACAUAAUUGUAAAUAAA